AUGAUUGGAGCUACUAGGCGCUGGUUCCGACGCAAUCGCAAAGGUCUCGCGAUCGGGGCUGGCAUUAUUGGAGCUGGCUAUCUCGCAGGACAAUAUGUGCUUUCUAAAAUCACAGAAGCCCGGGAGCGGAUGAGCAGCGAUCGAAUCGCCCGAGAAAAUUUACGGCGACGUUUUGAACAAAAUCAGACGGACUGUACCUAUACUGUGCUGGCGCUCUUACCGACCGCGGCGGAAGGUAUCCUCGAAGCCCUUCCUGUGGAGGAAUUGACGAAAGAAUUGCAGAAGAAGCGGGCGGAGAGAUUGGCUCGGCUCCAGGCUGGGGAGGGGACUGUGUCGGACCUAAGCUCGGUGUCACCGAGUGCAGCCGAUGAUGAUCGAAGAAGCCUCUCAAGCUUCCAGAGCGAUGGGUUUGUCCGUACAAGUCAAUUAGGAGAACCAUCCUUUGAUGGCGAAGGGCCGGCACGGGUAAAGCGGAACAAGACUCAACUCUGGAACGAGGUCAAGAUCACUUCUGUCACCAGAUCGUUUACUCUCAUCUACACCUUGUCCUUACUAACCAUUUUCACCCGAAUCCAACUCAACCUGCUUGGUCGCCGAAAUUAUCUAUCCAGCGUGAUCUCCCUGGCUACUCCUCCGGCAGAUGCCUCCACGAUCAAACUUGAGGACCAUGAUGACGACCUGACUCAGACCUUGGGAAAUGAUUUCGAGACAAACCGACGGUAUCUUGCAUUCAGCUGGUGGUUGCUCCAUCGUGGCUGGAAGGACCUGAUGAACGAGGUACAGGCUGCGGUCGCGGAUGCGUUUGGCUCUUUGAACCCUCGGGAAGAUAUUUCCGUGGGGAGGCUGUCGGAAUUGACUCUUGACAUCCGCAAGAAGGUGGAAGGCAACACUCCGGAGGAGAGAAGAAGCCGAAGAUGGCUGCCCUAUCUGCUCCCUCCUCGUGAAGAGGAGGAGCAUUUGUUGGAGGAGUCGGGAGUUGCGGGGGUGACUGAACCCUCGACCUCUCAGUCAGCUUCGACUCUGCGACACCUUCUCGAUGAGACGGCCGACCUGAUAGAAUCGCCAACCUUUGGUCGCGUCCUGCAAGGCCUCAACGAUGAAUGCUUUGACUUACUGAUGCAAAAUUGCAUCAAGGAAGCAUUCCAGUCGUCGCCACAAGCGUCUGAAAGCGUACCGCAAUCAUUCACCUCGGUUGCCACAGUUGUCCCACAGGUGAAGACAGCGGAUCUCAAGACGAAGCUCGCGAAUGUACUGGCUGUGAUGGCGCGGCAGGCGCAUGUUAUUGGCAACGGCACAAAUCCGCCAAACAUCUAUCUUACCGCCAUGGAUCAGAAUGUCCGGAAUCUGGAGGCCUUCGCAGCCGUCAUCUACAGCUCGAACUUUGACUUCCAGCCGCCGGGCGCGGAGCAGAAAGCGGAACAAGUCACUGCCGAGAGGGAUCGCCCUGAUACGUCUUCCACGGCCCCGGUGAUGGUGAACAAGGAUGAUACCCAAGAUUUUAACCAAGCUGGCUCAAGCGCAGUAGCUGAGGACAACUCGGCUUUCGAGAAGGCAUGGGGUAAGGCAGUGGAGGAUGGGUCGAGCGAGUGA